AUUAUAUGCAGAGAGUUUGAUCAUACUUUAAUUGCACGAUUAUCAAGUUAAUUGCGACAUUCGAGAAGGAAAGCUUGCAAUUGUAAUUUAAACGCGAAACACUUAACACUUGACAAUGUUGGUGAAUAUCUUUAUUUGUUGUCUUGUGAUUCAAUGUGUAUACGGACGCAACCAAGAAACUAACAUAUCAUAUGAUGACUGUACAGGGUUUUGUCCUGAAAAUUGGGAUCCUGUAUGUGGAUCCGACGGGAAUACUUAUGGUGUAUGUGGACAUGACCAUCAAAAUGACAUAACGGACGCCGAUUGUGACCAUGCAUGUAUUGCUCUUUGGGCUCCUGUUUGUGGAUCCGACGGAAAGACAUACGGAAAUGCUUGUGAAUUCAACGUUGGACGGUGCAAAAACGAAGAACUGAAAUUAGCUCAUACUGGAUCUUGUCGUGUUUAGAUGAAUGGAAACAUAAUAGUGUUACAAAUAAAGAUAAAGUCUGCAGAAAUCUUAUGUUGUUUGUAAAAGUUAUAUCUCCAAAUGUUCAACGAGAUCUUUCAUUUUUAAUAUCUAAUGUUUGAACAUACAAGUAUAAGUAUUAUUGUUUUUUUAUGAGAGCAAGAUGUUGACAUAACAUAACAGGCUGCUCAAAACUUUGGAAUUGCAUAUGUCCGAUCAUAUGUGAUUUGAUUUUUACGUCGAUCCGUUUUUACUUUACUUUACGACACCAUUUUAUUUACAAUUGAAAUAACUGUGAUAAAUAUUGUGCUACGGAAAAAUAAUAUAAACCCCUAUUUCCAAAGCCAGCUUGCUUAAGUGUCAGAUAUUCAUUGUUAAAAUUCAAGAUCAAGUAACUUGCUUAUACAAAAAAUCUUUAAUACGGAGAUAUAACCAUAUACGAUUAUACAUAAA